UUUUAUAUAAAAUGAGCCUUGCUUUAUAAAAUACUGUUUCUGUAUAAACGGCAGCAUGGUUUUACUUGGACUAUACAUCAACGUGGUUGAAAAAGGAGUAAAGCCUUCCAUUACGUGCUUGUUAAACACGCAAAACAAGUGCUGGGUAAAACCGCGCAAGCGAGGUUGUUUGUCCCAGAAGAGCACUGACCGUGAGCUCAUCGCCAUGGGGAAAGAUUACUACAGGAUGCUGGGGGUCCCAUCUGGCUCCAACGAGGACGAGAUCAAGAAGGCCUACAGAAAAAUGGCCCUGAAAUUCCACCCGGACAAAAACAAGGACCCCAACGCAGAGGACAAGUUCAAGGAGAUCGCAGAGGCCUACGAGGUGCUGAGCGACCCCAAGAAGAGGAGCAUCUACGAUCAGUAUGGAGAGGAGGGUCUGAAGGCUGGGGGGGUGGGCUCAUCAGGGGGUCCUGGGAGCACCUACCACUACACCUUCCACGGGGACCCCCACGCCACCUUCGCCUCCUUCUUCGGGGGCUCCAACCCCUUCGACAUGUUCUUCGGGCCUGGCCGCUCGCGGGGCACCACCAACGGCUUCGACCACGUGGGGGGGGAGCAGGACAUGGACCUGGACAUGGACGGGGAUGAGGACCCCUUCAGUGCCUUCGGACGCUUCGGCAACGGUGUGAACGGGUUCCACCAUGGCGGCGGUGGGCGCAGGCACGCCGCGGAGCCCCUGCACAGGCGGGGUAAGCUGCAGGACGCCCCUGUGGUGCACGAGCUGCGCGUGUCCCUGGAGGAGAUCUUCCACGGCUGCACCAAGCGCAUGAAGAUCACGCGGCGCAGGCUUAACCCCGACGGCAGGACCGCACGCUCCGAGGACAAGAUCCUUCACAUUGUCAUCAAAAGGGGCUGGAAGGAGGGCACCAAGAUCACCUUCCCCAAGGAGGGGGACGAGACCCCCGAGAACAUCCCCGCAGACAUCGCCUUCGUGCUCAAGGACAAGCCUCACCCGCACUUCAAGAGGGACGGCUCCAACAUCAUCUACAGCGCCACGAUCUGUCUGAAAGAGGCUCUGUGUGGUUGCACGGUCAACAUUCCCACCAUCGACAACCGAGUAAUUCCUCUGCCUUGUACUGACAUCAUCAAACCAGGGACAGUGAAGAGACUGCGAGGGGAGGGGCUGCCCUUCCCAAAGAGCCCCACGCAGCGCGGGGACUUGAUAGUGGAGUUCAAAGUGCGCUUCCCUGACAGAAUACCUCCGCAAAGCAGAGAAAUCCUGAAACAGCACCUCCCCCUGUCCUAGAACAACUGAGGGGGGGAUCUGGGUAGGGCAGGGGCUUUAUUUGAAUUGGAUUUCUUUUCCACAGACGCUAAUAUUCAAAGGAAGAAGGACAACAACUGAAACCAGAGUAUUCAUCUUAUUAUUAUUAUCUUAUGUAAAUUGCAUUCUUUUUGUAAAUGUUUUUAGUUUUAUUUAUUUUUUCUUUUAAUUUUGUGGGUUUUUUUGUGUUUGAAAAUGAUCGCUUCUGGGAUUAAUCUCCAGUCACAGCGCGGGAGAUGUGGAUUUUCUAACCCACACAUUUGUACUUGUGGAACUUUUUCUAGAUGAUUUUUUUAAGGGAUUUGCAGACGGCUGAGGAUGGUGGGAUCUUAAUUUAGUAACAACUGAACACCUGUUUCCCUGAAUGCUCCUGAAGGAAUUCUGCACCGGAUUGGAAACUGUGGGACUGUUCUUAAGCUUCCUUAGUGGCCUUUUUCUGUUUCGGGGAAGAAAAAAAAAAAAAAUUGGGUUGUUUCGCCUGGAGCCGGGCCAGAGAUAGAAAGCACAGAAUGUGAAGCUGUAUGGUUGGUAAAAACUUAUGGGAGUUGGGUCACUUUACAGGAAAGGGUUUCUACAUAAAGUGGAGUCUUGUGUCCUUUUCCAGUGUGAACAUGGUGCUGAGGGAAUGACUCGGCCAGGGUCCUUCUCUACUCCAUUCACAGAGCAGGGUCCUGCUCUACUCCAUUCACAGAGCAGGGUCCUGCUCUCCAUUCACAGAGCAGGGUCCUGCUCUACUCCAUUCACAGAGCAGGGUCCUGCUCUACUCCAUUCACAGAGCAGUUUCGAGGGCCUUUGCUCCUAGAGCUGAGCUGCUCUGCUCAGUCCCCUUUAUAAUAGAGACGGAGGGCAUUUCGACUGGCUUUCCAAAUGAAUGGAUGCUGGGGGAGCAUGGGUGUUAGGAAAACCAUGUUAUUAUUUCGUGGCCCUGACGUCUAUGAAAUGUGGGGUGUUCUGUUUCUUUUUUCUUUUGGGAAGGAGGGUUUAGAGACGUUGUCUAGAAGAAACAGUACCUCGGUGAAUAUGGAGGAAUCUCUGAACUCAAAAUAUAUAAUCCAAGGGACUAAAACCAAAACUAACUUAUUUAUUCUACUGUGUUAUAGAAAAAAAAAAAAAAAAACACUUAAUUUAUAAUAUAAGCUAACCUGAAAUGGAGUGUUUUUACUGACUGUAAAAUAUGUAAAGAAGCUUUGUUGAAAAUGGUAUCUAAUGACAAAACCAAUUUUCAUUUUCUAUCAAAUGGAGUUUGUAUAAAAAUUGCAACAAAAAAUAUAUCUAUAUUAAAAGGGUUUCAUAAGAAGGGUUAUGCAGCGGUACUAAAAGACUCACAGGUGCUUUCACAGAUCAUGCAAUGCCUUGUCUUCUGACUUUGUGUCAGAAAGUGUGUCUUCUGAUUGACUUAUGUAGAGGAAGGGUUGUCCCCUGCUCUUGAUCACACAGAAUGUCACAUUGUUGGCAGUGUCUGCUCCCAUCAGAAGAUGUGAGUACACCUAAGCCUGUUGUAUCAAAUUACAUUGACAAGUUCACGAAACACAAGGCAACAUUUUCAGUCAACUGCUAAAGCAGCUUAUUGAUUGUGACAUUUUAAAGUAUUUUACCAAGUUGCUCAAAUUAAGGCUGUUUUGAUGCUGCUGCAUUUACUUUUGACAGGGGAAUUAGUUUGAAAAAGUCAUCGCCAGCAUCUAGAUGGAAACGUUUUCUGGCUAAGUUUACUUGUUUCAUAGGCUUUAGGCGAAGGUAUGUUUUUAUUUUAUUUUUUUAAUUUACAGUACUCCCUCGAUAAUUCACAUUACACCAAGUUGACAAUGCAUUGUGAAAGUGUACUAACUUGUACUGCAUAAGUGUGGGUGUGUAAGCCUCAUGGCUUUAAUGCCCUCAAUCCUGUUAAUGGCAGGGACAGAGAUGCCUUGAUAAGAGUGUCAUUACGAUCUGUUUUCUGAAGGAUGUUUGAUGCCAAACUGUGCAGUAGCUUUUGUCAGAGACACAUUUCAACUUUUUUUGUAAACCAAUUUAGAACCAAAUCAUAACUAGCAACAUUAAAAUGAUUGUGACAUUUCUGUA